UGUAUUAUUCAUUAACAUUCUCAAAGUGCUGAAUUAUGACGUCUAACGAUGAAACAAAAAGAUUUAAAGAAGAAAACCAGAGUUUCGUUCUAGAGAAAGUCGGCAAGUAUUGGAUCCUAAAAACAAAUACUUCCUCAAAACGUCUUGCAUUUCUUGAUGAGGCUAAGAAUGUUAAAAUUGACGAUAACAUUCUAAUAGCAGAUGGACGAUUAUAUGAAAUACAUAAAAAUGAAAAAGGUGAAUAUUUAUUUCGACAUCUUGAGGAUGUUGCCUGCGAGAUCUACUUUUCUGUGACUGAAAGCACAUCAAAAACAUUCUGGAAAAAGAUUGAUCCCCCGGAAGAACCAAUAAAGACGAACAAAGACAUUAAUAAAAUGAAUGUUUAUGAUUGUUCUAAAAAUGAACAAGUCCAAAUACAGCAUGAAAAACCAAGUGCACGUCGUGUAAAUGAAGAUUAUUAUGAGGAAAUUGAUUUAAAUAAGGGUGCAACAGGACAUUUUGAAUUAGAACACUAUUCUUUGCAUCGGAUCGAUAAUGAAAUGCAGCAUUUGGACACACUACUAAAUUCUUCUUCUGACACUAAUAGCUGUCAUGAGGAUUUAAACAUUGGAUCUUUUAGUGAAUUAAAGAUCAGGUCAGACAGUGAUUUAAACAUUGGGUCUGCAGCCGAAAUGAUGGAAGGACACGAGAAGUAUGAUUCCGUGGAGGUUGGUAGUACGGAAGUAGAUAGUCAUAUAAAUGUUGUAGACAUGACACAAACAACAUCUGGAGGAAAUCAACAUGAUGAGUUUCAAGUAAUCAUUGAACCAUCACAACUGACAAAGAUGUGUGCUAUGGAAGGGGAGAUGACGCUAUCGGUAAAAGAUACAGCUCUCUAUUUCAAAGAUAAGAAAAUGGGAAUCACAAAAUACUGGUUUCCGUUUUCUUGGAUAAGACGUUUCGAGAGUUACAAUUCGUUUUUCAGUUUUCAAGUUGGUCGAAAAUGUCCGAAUGGCGCAGGAGAUGUGAUCUGUAUAACUAAAAAAGCCAGACAAAUUCAUAAGAAGUGUAUUAAAGUUAAUAAAAAUAAAAUGGCAAGUAUGAAAUGAGAAUAUUAUAAAAUAUGUAAAUGUCCCGUCGCGUGACAACACUAAGUUUGAUUAAAAAAAAACAAAGAAAAAACAACAACAACAACAAAACAAACAAACGAGGAAUCCCCCAAAAUUAUAUUACAUUAUAUAUGUAUAUAUAUUUCAACAUGAUGUCAUUUGCGUUACAAAAGCAUAGUGUUAAGACGCGCUAAAUUCUAGCGUUAUACUAUAGACGCGUCAAUGAAAAUGUUCUUUUUCACUUCAAACAGUCUUUUUUUUGGUAUGUGAUAGAUAGAGUGUUAAAUUCGCGUAAUUUCAUAAUUUAUUGCACUCGUUGAAUAAAAUAAUAUUAUGCUCUCGACAGAGGCACGCGGAAUAUAAUUUCAUUCAAUUCGUUUAAUAAAUUCGGUUUGAAACUUACACUUAUUUAAUAUCCUCUAUUUAUCAAAUUGCAAUCAUUUACUUGACACCAAACUCGCGAUAGCACAAGUACACUGUUUGAACCCUUCGUAUAAUAGUGCGCAUUUUCACUCGAUGAAUAUUUCUCAGUAAGAGGUACUUCCUGGAAGAAUGUUUUUCAGUAAGAAGUUCUCAUUUGAUAUAUAUAUUACUAAGUUAGAAGUACCCUGCCGAAUAAAUAAGUUAAUACACAUAAAUUAAUAUUACUAAUUCAGAAGUGCUCAUUCGAUAUAUAUAUCACUCAGUUAGAAUAUCUCACUCGAUGAAUAUAUGCUAUAUAAUAGAAGUACCCAGAAAAUAAUUCAUAUAAUAUAUAUAAAUUAAUAUCAAACUAAUUCAGAAGAACAGUACUCAUUCGAUAUUUAUCACUCAGUAAGAAUAACUCAUUAAUAAACAUCACUCCAUAAUAAUUACUACUCGAUGAACAUUUCUCAGAAAGAAGUAUCCACUCGAUGAAUACUUCUUACUGAGAAGUACUGAAUUGAUGAAUAUUAACUAGGAAGAAGUAUAUUCCCGUGAAUAUAAUUAAUAUCACUUAGUAAGAAGUAUUCAUUAAAUGAACAUUUUUCAGUGAAAAAUACUCAAUUGUCGAAUGUUUUCACUGAGAAGUAAUUACUGAGAAAAGCUCCAUUGAUAAAUUACUAAAUAACCUCGGUUUGAUUGAAUCAAUACAUGAGGAAUAAUGAAGAGGUACAGAAUCCCUCACGCCCCUAGCACCGACUUGAGCAGUAUACUUUUCAGAACUUAAAAGUGCUGGAAUCAAUUAUUCUGAAGGACCAGAAAACUAUAACAACACUGAAGUAUAGUAAGGGGAAAAAUGUCACAGCCGCCAUACAACACUUGACACCUGCUGUUGUGAUGCAAAAAUAUCUGGAUAAAAAGAUACACUGGAUAACUUGCAUAUUUCAGUUCUUAGUUUUCCAUGCAAAGUUAUAUAGAAAUGUUAGCAUAGCUUGCACACCAAUAACGUAAUAAUUUAUAGUAGGGCAAUUAUAAGAAUAAGCUUACAAAUGAACUAUAAUGUGGAAAUAAAUUACAAUGUAAAUUGUUUUGUGUCUAGAAUUAUAUUAUGUCUACCACUAAUCGUCACUAUUUCUUUAUUCAACAUGAGAAAUUGUUCAUGCCUUUACAAAUUAGAUAAUACAUGUUAAUACCCAUUGCUUUAUAAUAGUUAGUAUAGAUAGCACCACCUCGGACAAAUACAUUGUAUAUAUUGUUAAGUAUUAUAUGUAAAUAUUAAUUUGAAUUUACAUUGAUUAUCUUACAAUUGAUACAGACUAUUAUAAGCUGAAAAGACAUACAUCAAUUUGAUGUCAUUUAUUUUUAAUUUUUUUUGCAUGCUGUAUUGAUUUUUGUAAAUAUGUGUAUGUUUUCUAUUCAUGUAUAAUCAAACACGACAAUACUAAUAGGAUGUUAUAUGAAACAUGCAAAAAGUUAAAGCAGAAAGGAAAUUUAUCAAAUUGAUUCUUCCAUCUGAAUAAUAUAUUUAAUUUCUGUUAAUAUUUUGUGUUUUCUUUUAAAAUAUGCAUGAAAUUAUAAAUAAUAUCUAAUGACAAUUAAACAUGCAAUGAA